AUGACGAAGCGCAUGCAAAAACUCAGAGAAAGGGGGUUUCAAUAUGUGGAGUUUGACAACAUUGAAAAAUCAGGGGAAAGUGACGCUGACCAAAUCGACUAUACCCAAAAAUUGGGGGAGGUCGCCGUCGCCACGGGACUUGGGCCUUUGUUCAAGAACGUUGCCGAUCUGAUUCGCAAGGAUAAGACGGUGCAGGACAAUUUCGUAGGGUUCAUAUGCGAAGAGUCGAUCCAGUGGGGCGACACGGAAGUGUUCCACGAGGUGGCCGCAGGGAAGAAGCCGAUUUGGAUAUUCGAGUACGAGGACGUGUCGUCGUCCGACGUGUCGAAGAACAAGUCGCUGGCGACCGAGAUUUGGUUCGACACAAACAGCGGCUGGAAAAGCCUCGCAUAA